UGACAGCGGUCACUCAAAACAACCGCUGUUUUUUUCUUUCCAAAAACCAGACAGAGCGAGAGUUUUAAGGUUUUUGGGAAAUAAACCCCAAUAAUUCCCAAAACCUCGACAACAAUGGCGGAUGAGGCAAAAGAAAGAGAGGAAUACUCGCUGCUGAAGGACUUCAGAGCGGAAAUUGAACCAAAAGAUGGAGCCUUUUCUCUUUGCUUUUGGCUCUACCUCACGAGCUCCGCUGCCUCUCCUGCCACGCUCAUUCAGGAGCAGUCGGGUGCCACUGGAAGUGCGCCCUUUCUUGUUUUGAGCGAGAAGAAGAAAAUGGUGCUUUUGCCGUUGGGAAUCUUGCACAAGGAAGCUCCUGAAACUUGUGACUUGUCUUCGUUGUCCGAAGAUUCAUAUGUAUCUACGGAGAAUGAGUUUCCAACGGAGAAAUGGAUUCAUGUUGGGUGUGAGGUUUUGUCUGAUACCUUGCGGCUGCAUAUUGAUGGUGAAGCUGUGGGAAAUAAAUCUAUGUCGUCUUUGUUCAACAAGGACUCCAUUGCAAGUGGUUUGACGAAGAUCAUUUUGGUAUCUGGUGGCAGAGAGGACAAUAGUUUGCAGGGUUACAUCUGCAAUCACAAAGUUUUGCCUUUAACUUCAUCUAUUUUGGAAUACUAUGCUAAGGACCCACCGCUAAAAUUAUCCAUUGAUAAUUCAUCUGCUUCUGAGAUUGAGGUAGACAGUGAUGGUGUUUGGAGUAUUGUUGGCGGCAAGGCCUCGUGUCGCAGGAUUUUUUCACUGGAUGUUGUACUGUUAGAUGCCUUUUCCCAUCCUUCAAACCAGGAGUUGGAGGUUAUUGCUUCCCUUGUGUAUGCUGACAAUGGGGAACCUGUGGAGAAGACAAGUGAUGGGGAAGCUCCGCUUUUGGCAAGUCAUGAUGGGUUUGAAUUUGCUUUUUCGGACAGACCAAGUAAAACAUUGAAAGGGCAUGCGUCUUUUAAGCUCAAGAUAUCCCAGCUUUCAUCUAAGUGUGAUAAUCGGAUGUUCCGCGUAAUGUUUCACAUCCCAAAAUUGGAAAAGUAUCCUUUCCUCAAGGCAUUCACUCCUCCAAUUCGUUGUAUCUCAAGGAGCCGCACUACUCGAAUAUCCACUACAGCAUGGAAAAGACCAGCAUCUGCCAGUGAUCCAGUUAGUUUAUCUCAGUUAUCGGGAUUGGGUGAUGAAACCUUAGAACUUCAGCACAGUUCUGUUAAUGAAGAGAAACUGAGUCCAUCAUCAAAACGGUGUAGGUUGGGACAAGAUAGAAUACGUGCAACUGUUUCCGCCUUGGAGCAACCCGAUGACGAAUGCAACUCUCAUGCUAGAACUGCUAAACAGGUUGAAGCACUUGCGAAAAAUGUGGUUGGUAGACCCAACAGUGUUGAAGAAAUAGACGACUCCCGAACUGAUUCAGAGAGACCCGAAGUGAGAAACCCAGAUCUUAUGAGUACAUCAAGUAGUAGAAAUCCAAUUUCAGAUGCAACUAUUUUCAAAUACUGCCUAGCAAGUUUAUCUGAGAAGACUCUUCUGCUCAAAGAGAUUGCCAGCACUGCUUCCAAUGAAGAAAUUUUGAGUUUUUCCCAUCAGGUUUCCUUGUAUUCAGGAUGUUCACACCACAGGCACCAAGUAGAAAUGGCAAAGAGUUUGGUAGAAGAAGGAACUAAAGCUUGGAAUUCCAUCUCACAAAAUAACCGCCAGGUUCCAUGGGAGAGUGCAGUUUUUGAAAUUGAAGAGCAUUUCAUGAAGAUUGCUUGUUGUAAUUCUCGGUCUCUCACGCAGCAGGACUUUGAGCUACUGAGGAGAAUCGCUGGUUGCCAAGAACAUCUUGCCAAAGAGAACUUUGAAAAGUUGUGGUGUUGGUUAUAUCCUGUAGCUUUUACGUUAUCAAGAGAUGGGAUAAAUACAAUGUGGAGUUCAAAAUCUCCCAAGUGGAUAGAAGGGUUCAUUACAAAGGAAGAAUCUGAGACUUCGCUUCAAGGUUCAAGGGGUUUCCAGGAACCUGGAACAUUUGUACUCCGGUUUCCUACUUCAAGGAGCUGGCCCCACCCGGAUGCUGGCAGCUUAGUUGUGACUUAUGUGGGCAGCAAGCACACAAUUCACCACAGGCUUAUCUCCCUUGAUCAUAUGUUUAGUCCUGCUGAGAGAGAGCAGAAUGCAAAACCACUGCAAGACAUGCUUCUUGCGGAGCCUGAACUCUCUCAAUUGGGAAGGAUAAUAAGAAGUCACUAAGCGAGCUAGAGAUGCGUAGAUAACACCAUUCUGUUCGUGCGAGAUCAAUUUUUUCGGGUGUCUAUUAUUGCAGUCGUGCAUUUUAUGUGUAGAUUAGUCUUCUGUUAUGUCAAUAUCUCAAAAGUGGAAAUGUCCAUUUUGUAGAAUCCUCAGCAGAUUUCAAUUGCAAGAUUGAACUUUUAUGGCCAACUUUUUUUCUGAUACAAUGAGCUUUGGAUGCUAGUGAUGCACACAGUUGUGACAUAUAUGUACAUUAAUCAUAUGUGAUGCUUUGCACA